UUCAGAUUGGCGGAUAGGCGAUCAAUUCAUUAAGUGAUUAAAUAUUUCCUCGCAAAAGCAGUUUAUUCAGCGUCGGGGAGCAUCUCCUCCAUAGACAUCCAUUCAAAAAGAACGUCCUCUUGUCUCUUCGCCAGUGUACCGCCCAUAGAACGUCAAUGGGACCUCCGUGUUUUGCUAUUCUAGGAUAACAAGACGGGCUCUAGUUACACUCUCUCCUGUGGCGGAGGUUGUUAUCUCAGUACAGAAGUUCUCUGCCGUUUUUUUCGCUGAAACCUCUUCCUUUAGAGGGCAGGUUUGAAGCAGCACGUCCGUGACGUCAUAAACACCCGACUGACUUUUCGCGGGAAAGUUAUCACUUCAGAAUGGAUCCGGCGGAGGUCGAGUUUCUCGCGGAGAAAGAGAUGGUGAAAAUCAUUCCAAACUUCAGUCUCGACAAAAUCUAUUUAAUCGGGGGUGAUCUGGGUCCAUUUAAUCCGGGUCUACCAGUAGACGUUCCUGUAUGGUUGGCGCUCAAUCUCAAACAGAGACAGAAGUGCAGGAUAGUUCCUCCAGAAUGGAUGGACACUGACAAACUGGAGGAGAUUCGAGAGCAGGAGAGAAAACUGGAUACUUUUACUCCCAUUCUAAGUCCAUAUUACAUGGAGCUGACCAAAUUAUUACUCAAUCACGCUGCAGAUAACAUUCCUAAAGCUGAUGAGAUUCGUACACUGGUGAAGGACAUCUGGGAUACACGCAUUGCUAAACUCAGACUUUCUGCAGACAGUUUCAUCAGCCAGCAGGAGGCGCACGCGCGGGUAAAUCACCACCACUAGUUAUCACACGGCUGGAUAACCUCACACUGAUGGAGAUCAACACCACACGCUCAUUUCUUCUGGAUUCUCUGAACUGCAUGUAUAAACUGCGCUCAAACCUGCAGCCAGGCAGAACUCAUGACUACUGAGACGCUCACAAAUGCCGUACUUGCUCUUACAUGACUUAUGUCAUUUUCAGCCUCAUACAGUCAUGUGUUGCGCAAUAAACGGCAACUGUCACAACUGGGAUCAAGUUUGCUUUCAUGUUCUGUAGAUAUGGAAUUUGAGCUUUCGAUGAUGUUGUAAUGGUUUAGUUGAAAUAUGGCUUUGUGGUUCCUGUAUUCCUCACAUUUUUGUCAACUAUUGUUCAUAAAACUGUACAGAUAAAUAACGGAGAGUAUUUUUUGUGUGAUUAAUCUUUUGUUUUAAACACAUUUAUAAAAAAAACUUCACAAGCCCGGUCAGGAGCCAUUUUUUCACAGUGUAUGUUUGACAAUAAAAUUGUUUGUUGA